AUGUCUAACGCGGACAAAGAGGAGCUGAGAGAAGAGUCACAGGAGAUUGAACGUCUACUGUCGCGAAUGUUUGGCCAGAAACGUCAGGAGCAGAGCGAAGACGAAAAGACAAGGCACAGUGGAGUCAUUUUCCGAGACCUCACUGUCAAAGGCGUUGGGCUGGGCUCGAGCUUACAGGCGACAGUCGGUGACAUAUUCUUGGGAAUCCCACGAAAGAUUUCCAAUUUGUUUAGAAGUGGCCCGAAAGCAGCCUCUGCCAAACCACCCGUGCGUGAGCUCAUCAGCCACUUUGACGGCUGUGUCCGACCUGGCGAAAUGUUGCUUGUCUUGGGUCGACCUGGUUCUGGCUGCACCACUUUUCUCAAAGCCUUCUGCAACCAGCGCGCUGGCUUCGAGGCGGUCGAGGGUGAUGUCAAAUAUGGAGGAGUGUCGGCUGAGGAGAUGUCCAAACGAUUUAGAGGCGAGAUUAUCUAUAACCCCGAGGACGACCUGCACUAUGCUACCUUGACAGUACGGAGAACUCUCUCCUUCGCUCUUAAGACCCGGACACCCGGGAAGGAGUCGCGACUUGAAGGAGAGACUCGGCAAGACUAUGUACGCGAAUUUAUGCGUGUCGUCACCAAACUCUUCUGGAUUGAGCACACCCUGGACACCAAAGUGGGAAACGAGCUCAUUCGCGGAGUCUCCGGUGGUGAGCGAAAACGUGUGAGCAUCGCUGAAGCUAUGAUAACUCGUGCAUCUAUCCAGGGCUGGGACAACUCUAGCAAAGGUCUUGAUGCCAGCACGGCCUUGGAGUAUGUUAGAGCUAUCAGAGCCAUGACCAACAUGGCUGAUGCAUCCACCGCCGUGUCUUUGUAUCAAGCGGGCGAAUCCUUGUUCGAGCUCGCCGACAAGGUCUUGCUUAUUGGUAAGUAGCCCGAUAGGAGCCCAGAUACAGGGAAAUACUAAUUUUGAUUAGAUGGCGGAAAGUGUCUGUACUUUGGAGAAAGCCAGCAUGCAAAGAAGUAUUUUCAGGACCUCGGAUUUGAAUGUCCUGAGCGGUGGACGACUCCCGACUUUCUCACUUCUGUAUCCGAUCAGCAUGAACGUAGUAUUCGCAAGGGCUGGGAAGACAGAAUUCCUCGAACCCCAGACGAGUUCUUCAAUGCAUACCGCCGAAGUGAUGCGUACAAGCGGAACAUUGCCGAUAUGGAGGACUUCGAAGCUCAAGCUAAGACGCUAACUGAAAACCGCGAGCAACAGCAAUCAAAGAAAACCUCGCAGAAGAACUUCACCAUCCCAUUCCAUAAACAAGUUCUGGCCUGCACACAACGACAAUUCUUCAUCAUGAUCGGCGACAAGGCGUCCCUGUUCGGUAAAUGGGGCGGCCUCGUAUUCCAAGGCCUUAUUGUGGGCAGUCUGUUUUUUAACUUGCCAUCCACAGCCUCCGGAGCCUUCCCUCGAGGAGGCACUCUGUUUUUCCUUCUUCUAUUCAACGCCCUGCUCGCUCUGUCGGAGCAAACCGCUGCUUUUGAGGCGAAGCCGAUCUUGUUGAAGCACAAAGCAUUCUCUUUUUAUCGGCCGGCCGCAUACGCUAUAGCCCAGACUGUCGUCGACGUUCCCAUGGUCUUCAUCCAAGUCACCAUCUUUAAUGUCAUCAUUUAUUUCAUGUCAAACCUGGCAAGGACGCCCUCUCAGUUCUUCAUCUGUACUCUGAUUCUUUGGCUGGUUACCAUGACUACAUAUGCUUUUUUCCGGGCCAUCUCCGCCCUCUGCAAGACUCUUGACAUUGCAACAAGGUUCACUGGUCUAGCGAUUCAGAUACUCAUAGUGUACACGGGAUAUCUCAUUCCCAUUACAUCCAUGAAGCCAUGGUUCAGCUGGUUGCGCUGGAUCAACUUCAUCCAGUACGGCUUUGAAUGUUUGGUUGCCAAUGAAUUCACUGGCCUGAACCUCGACUGUGAUGCGCAAUUUCUUGUGCCUCGAGGGCCAAACGUCAGCUCGCAGUAUCAGUCAUGCGCAUUGAGGGGUAGCAAACCGGGCCAAACCUUCGUGGAAGGGGCUGCGUACAUUCAAACAUCCUUCACAUACUCUCGUUCGCACCUCUGGCGCAACUUUGGGUUCCUCUGGGGCUUCUUCAUUCUUUUUGUCGCCUUGACAGCCCUCGGAUAUGAACUAAUGAAGCCCAACUCUGGAGGUGGUGCAAUCACAGUGUUCAAACGAGGCCAGGUUCCAAAGAAAGUUGAGAAGACUAUCGAGACUGGCGGCAGGGAGAAGAGCGAUGAAGAGUCAGGCCAGUCUGCUGUCCACCCGUCUUCCUCCAUGGACAAUGGAAUGGACAAUGGUAAGGGCACAAAGGAACAGACGCUGCGGCAAGUGGCUAAAAACGAGACCAUCUUCACCUUCCAAGACGUGAAUUACACCAUUCCAUACCAGAAGGGUGAACGCAAGCUGCUCCAAGACUGCCAAGGCUAUGUUCGUCCAGGAAAGCUGACUGCACUGAUGGGUGCUUCUGGUAAGUUGCCAAAUUCGGCUUUGGAGGCACUUUUGUUCUUCGUAAUUUUGAUAACUGACCUCACAAUUCCUACUAGGCGCCGGGAAGACGACUCUGCUCAACGCCCUUGCUCAACGCACUACCACUGGUGUCCUCACUGGCCAAUUUCUCGUUGACGGACGGCCGCUACCCAAAUCAUUCCAGCGGGCCACUGGAUUUGCUGAACAGAUGGAUGUGCAUGAGCCGACGGCUACGGUCAGGGAAGCUCUGCAGUUCUCCGCCCUGCUCCGACAACCCCGUGAAGUCCCUCGCAAAGAAAAGCUGGAUUACUGUGAAACCAUCAUUGAUCUGUUGGAAAUGCGUGACAUUGCUGGCGCGACAAUCGGGCAAGUCGGCGAAGGCCUGAAUCCUGAGCAGCGCAAGCGACUGACUAUCGGUGUUGAACUUGCUUCCAAGCCCGAGUUGCUCAUGUUUUUGGACGAGCCAACCUCCGGCCUUGAUUCUGGUGCCGCCUUCAACAUUGUUCGCUUCCUCCGAAAGCUCGCCGAUGCUGGUCAGGCCGUACUAUGUACGAUCCACCAGCCUUCUGCUGUCCUUUUUGAACAUUUUGACGAACUGCUUCUCUUGAAGUCUGGAGGUCGCGUCGUGUAUCACGGGCCUCUCGGGGAAGACAGUCGGGAGCUGAUCAACUACUUCGAGUCCAACGGUGCUCCCAGGUGCCCACGUGACCGUAACCCGGCUGAGUAUAUGCUUGAGGCUAUUGGUGCUGGUGAUCCAAACUACCAUGGUCAAAAUUGGGGUGAUGUCUGGGCUGGCUCCCCAGAGCGAGAUGCUCGCUCCCGUGAAAUCGAGGAUAUGGUUAACCAGCGCAAGAAUGUCCAGCCGUCUCAGAGUCUAAAAGACGACCGCGAAUAUGCCUCGCCCUUGUCUUUGCAGACCUUGACGGUUGUGAAGCGCUCGUUCGUUUCAUAUUGGCGCAAGCCGAACUACAUCAUCGGCAAAUUCUUCCUUCACAUUCUUACUGGCUUAUUUAAUUGCUUUACGUUCUGGAUGCUUGAGUACAAGAGUGUUGACUUUCAGAAUCGUCUGUUUUCGAUUUUUAUGACAUUGACGAUCUCUCCGCCACUCAUCCAACAGCUACAGCCAGUCUUCAUCCAGUCGCGCAAUCUUUUCCAAUCGCGUGAAAACAAUGCGAAGAUUUACUCGUGGUUCGCUUGGGUAACUGCAGCCGUCAUAGUAGAGAUUCCUUACGCUAUCGUCGCAGGCAAGUAUUUCACGUGAAAGUCAAAAAGGAGAAGUUGCUGACAUAUUUUUAGGUGGCAUAUACUUCAACUGUUGGUGGUGGGGAAUCUUUGGUACAAGAGUAUCAAGCUUCACCUCUGGAUUUGCAUUCCUUCUCGUGCUUCUGUUUGAGCUUUACUACGUCAGCUUCGGCCAGGCCAUUGCUGCAUUUGCGCCAAAUGAGCUCGUCGCGUCUCUCAUGGUGCCAAUCUUCUUCCUCUUCGUCGUCAGUUUCUGCGGUGUUGUGGUUCCACCCAUGCAGCUUCCCACAUUCUGGCGCAGGUAUGUCUGCCUAUCACCUUCAAGCCCUGAUAUAUCUCAGCUAACGGUGCGAUUCAUAGUUGGAUGUACUGGCUCUCUCCCUUUCACUACCUUCUUGAGGGUCUACUUGGGGCUGCUAUACACAAGCAGCCGGUUGAAUGUGCCCAGGAGGAGUUUGCCCAGUUUUCCGCGCCAGACGGACAGACCUGCGAACAGUACACGAAGGAUUUCAUUGCCCAGGCUGGGGGUUAUGUUCAGACAGGAGCGGAUGGAAUUUGCGAGUUUUGUCAGUACGCUUCUGGAGACCAAUUCGGUAGAGGCUUCAGUGUCUACUACGACAAUAUCUGGAGGGACUUUGGCAUUUUUUGUGGGUUUAUUGUGUUCAACUACUUCGUUGUCUAUUUUGCGACCUGGGUGAAAUUUAGGGGAAAGAAUCUAUUUAAGAAGAGGACGACAAAGACAUCAAAACAUUAG